GUCAACAUGAAGCGACCAAGUCCGAAACUGCACAAACGUAUCACCACCGAUUUGAGUGAUCUUCCUGUAACCGAGACUGUUUUACUACAAUUGUUUUGGAUACAACGUAUGCUGGAAUUCAAACGAACCAACUGCACACCGAUAAGUGUCCCCAUCUAUGAUUCCGAAAGCAAAAGUUGGAGUUUCACAAUUUUGCUCAACGGAAACCAAGCGGACACAAUUAACUGUAAUACGAUCCGUGACCGCUCACCGUGUCCACCUAAAUCCUGUGAGUUCAAAAUGAUUCCUCGCUACGUGGGCACUCAGGUUCUCUAUGUGAAAUUCGAAGCUUCCCUUUGUGGUCAACUGGUUGGUCCCGCGGAGAAUAGCGAAGCAGCGUUUCGCUUCAAUUCCUUCUGGAAUCGAAUGAAUACGGGGUGCCCCGUCAUUAACUUUGGCAAAACGAAGGAUGCAUUAGACAAAGUGCCACAUGGAAAAUAUUACUCCGCGCUGGUUUCUGGUCCUUCACACGUGGAUGUUUGCAAAGAGGUGAAGAAGCAUAUUCAAUACAGCGCUUACACUUGCGAGGAGAUUCAGAAGGUACUCAGAAUCUCUGCUGACAAACAUCAACGGAUAUUCCGCAUGAAACUGAAGGAUUCCAUCUAUCUUGCUGAUAUUCCAUGGCAUAUGAAUGAACACAGCAAAUUGGUAAACUUAUUGAACAGUCGCAGUGCGAAGUGCAAAUUCAAUGGAUACGUCCAAUUGAAUAAGACUGAAGAGAUUCGUGAGGUACCAGGCCAUACAUCAUGGUUACGCUUUCCUUAG